CCAAACCAGCCCUAAUCUGUGUAGAGAACUUUAUGGGUGUAUAUGGUCUCCCGAGGCUGCCAUUCGAAAGUUCCUGCAAGUGGUGACCUAUAGGAGGCCGAUCCAGUGUGUCUUCGGAGCUCGCAAAUCACAGAGAGACAGAGAUGGGCUAUUCGAAGGAUCAGUUUCUCGCGCGUUUACAGGAGCUUCAAGUUGAUUUUAUCCAAUAUGAUCAUCCUAUUGUUUUGACAGUUGAAGCUCAGGCUAAAUAUGUUGGUCAUAUGAAAGGCGCAUUGAGUAAAAAUCUAUUCUUAAAGGAUAAGAAACAUAGGUUUUACAUUGUUUCUGCUUUGGCAGAUACCAAAGUAGAUCUGAAGGUUCUAUCUCAGAGGCUUGGUUUGGGAAAAGCAGGUUUAAGAAUGGCUCCUGAAGAAGCACUACCAGAAAUACUUCAGGUGCCUCUGGGUUGUGUGACUCCAUUUGCACUAGUGAAUGAUUCAGCCCGGAAUGUCUCCUUGAUGUUGGAUAAAGGGUUUAAAGAUCAAGAGUGCUGCUUUUUCCACCCGCUAUCUAAUGAUACAUCAAUCUCUCUUAAUGCCCACAAUCUUGACAAGUUUCUAAAAUCAAUAGGAAAAAAUCCAGCCUAUGUUGACCUGGAGGCUAACCCUUCAGUAGGGAAGGAUCAACCUCCUGAUCUAGCAGCUCUUGUUCCAUCUGAUGCCAUACCCCUGCCAGAAGAGCCACCAAAAGCAGCUCCCUUGCAAGCUCCUGAAAAAAAUCACGUGUCUGUGAAUAAUAAGUCCACAGCUGUUACAGCAAAAGCUGCUAAACCAUUCAAUGAUGCACAAAAGGAGAAAUCUACCAACAUGAAUUUGUCACGUACUUUCACUGAUCCUGAAAAAUUUGUUGAAGAAAUACUUGAGAAAACAUCAGCAGUAAUUCUCUCGGAGAUCAAAGGGGAGACAAUUAAGGAACAUGGGGAACAGCUUGGUGCUUUGGUAUCAGACAGUGUCAAGAAACAUCUUAGCUUGGAUUUGAUUAACCUGGCGACAAUAUUAAAAAACACAGCAUAUACUGAAGGUUUUCAUGCCGGUACUCACCACCAAGGUUCUAGAUGUCCGUAAUGGUAUCAGAAAUACCAAUCCAGGCUUAAGGGGAAUCAUCUUAUCAGAGAUGUGAAUUUCUUCUUAGCCAAUCGGAUAGUAACUCAUGUGUUAACCUCAGUUUGCAGCUUUUGAUUACUUUAGUGAAUUUUUCAUAAUGCCUAAAGGCAUUAUUUAUUAUCUGUACUGAUUUUAUGUUGGUUUACAAGUUAAUGCAAGUGAAAGUUACUUUAUGUGGAGAAUUGGUAAAAUUCAGUUAUAAAUUUAUGAAUAAUGGCUCAUAAUUGCUGUAUGUUUAGAUGGAUAUUGA